AUGCAGCCAAACCACCUUGAGCCUCAUCGGACUAUUCUCGACGGGAACCAGGAACGUUCGCUACAUGGCCCCAGAGAUACCGUCACGGCAACUACGUCACGAGAAACUGUGAUUCCAUCACAAAAUACGUCUGGUGGACGACAUACCAGAUCAGACGAAAUUGCGUCUCAACCGUCAUCCUCUUCCCUAUCUUCUGUCACUGCAAGCGAUGAUAUUGUCACGACAGGGCUUCGGGUACGGCAGCGACGCCACCAAAGAAUCCACCGCCACGCUUCUGCGACAGGUAAUUUAAAUACUCAUUACUCGCGCCGCUCUCCCAGUGUCCCAGGAAGUAGUCAAGAUGAAUAUGAAGAGAGUGAGAGCGAGUCAGACCGGGUUCUGAGCAGCUCAAAUGAGGAUCUCUCACGCGGAAAUGCGAUGCUAUAUCGUGGGAAUUUAUCAACAUCUGAGGUCGCAAUUUCAAGCGAUGAAGAUGACAACUCUACCGCUCUUGGUUUGACCUCGAACCCACCAACUUUCACUCCGCAGCCAAAUGCAUUUUCACACCCUCCCGCUUCGCAAACCCAACGAUCGAGACCGUCCGCUUUUAUUACAAAUCCGAUAUCAGCGCCUCCUAGCUUCAGGGCUAGAUCAAGGAGAAACUCGCGCUCCAGCCUACACCCUUCACGACAUUCGCGCCAGCAUCAACAUUCCCCUUACAAUAUGAUAUCCCCUUCCUACCAAGCCGAUAACGAUGCUGCUCUACGAGCAAGCCUUUCCACUCUUCUAUCCUGCGCAGCCGCGGCUCGUGGGUUGCCCAAGCAAGACUCCCGACCGGUAACAACCGAGAGACCUGAACCUUCGGCCUUUCGAUUAGUUCCCGAAUCUAUUGCUCUGGGAGAGGACCACAGCCAAGAAUGUGCCAGGGCGAUAGCACCCACCUUUAACAACAUCCCAGUACACAGUCACACCCCACGGUCCUCAUCCUCUAAACGUGCUGCGUCGCCCGAUUCCGCCCAUAAAGCAAGACGAAAAACCAACUCUUCUCGCAAUCACUCUCCGUCCUCAAAGCGGUCGCGCCGUGUGUCUAUGUCUCAGAGUUCAUCCAUCAUCAGCCCCACCGUUAUGACCUGGGUAAUCAGCGCUGGUGUGGUUGUUUUGUUCUCUGCCAUCAGUUUCUCCGCUGGAUACGUACUAGGGCGAGAAAUAGGCCAUGCUGAACAUGGUCUUGGGUCUACUGGACUUGAUGGAUUCAUCAAUGGGAACAGUUCGGGGAAUGAUCGUUUAUCAAGUAUCAAGGCUGGGGCUGGCUGUGGGAAGGAAGCGGUGAAAGGCGGAUUGAAAAAAUUUGGAUGGGUUGGAGGUGGCGCGGGGUCCAGUAUCAGUGCUUGAAACCAACCAUAAUGCCUUCUCGUCAACCUCAAGUAUUCUUCAAAACCUCGAGGGGACGGUAUUCUGUUCUCUCCAGGACGAUGGAAGUUUUCACAAUCCUGCUCGUCAUCUCAACUUAACCCGGAUUUUUUCAACACGCGCAUCUAAAUUUAUAGCAAUGCAGCUACCUCCCGGACCGCCUAGCGAAAUUUUCGCCCGGAUUAAUAGCCAUAGAAACGGAAACCAGGAAACAGACCGACUUGCGUUUUCUUCUGCUAGAUGGACCUUACGCAAUAGUGGUGGUCAUGGCUUUCCACUUUCGACACCGGGAUGAAGAGGGCUUAUUUAAACAUAACUCCCGCUGGCGUUCAUUCCAUGCUCCCUGUUGGUUUCUGAGUUAAUUCAUCUUUCUUGUCACGGUAUCUUGUUUUUCUAUUGGGAUCGCAACAUCCAUGAUUAGCACCCUAGUUUUACGUUACUUUGUGAGGUGUUUCUUCCCUCUAUUUUCUAUUUACCUUUAGCCUUUUCUUAUUCCUACCGUUCUCCAUUCUCCAUUCCUCAAUUUCUGCAUAUUCGCUAGCCUUACGUCACAUUGCAUAGUUAAUUUUUGCAUACUACCGUUUUAUUUCGAUC